GCGCGACGGUAGGAGCAACGGGCGAUCUCUGAGGAUGCUGCUCUCUGGAGCUUCUUGCAGUCGCUUAGGGAUCCGUUAGAAGUAAGCUUUCAGAUAAGUGAGGCCCCCCACAGAGCUGCUUUGGGACACCGAAGGGGAAAAUGGAACUGUCAGGAAUGAAAAAGAAGAGUUUGCUAGCCAUCAAAGAAAAUAAUAAAAAGUCCAGCACUAGGGCUCCCUCUCCGACCAAGCGCAAAGACCGGACUGAAGAGAAAUCCAAGGACCGGUCCAAGGACAAACCAGCCACAAAGGAGUCCGGCGAAAAAGACCGUGGGCGCGACAAAACCCGCAAAAGGCACAGCGCCUCCAGCGGCAGCAGUAGCACCAGGUCUCGGUCAAGUUCCACCUCCAGUUCAGGGUCAAGUUCCAGCACUGGGUCCAGCAGUGGCUCCAGUUCCUCGUCUGCAUCAAGCCGUUCGGGCAGCUCCAGCACUUCCCGUAGCUCCAGCUCCAGCAGUUCUUCGGGCUCUCCAAGCCCUUCGCGGCGUAGACACGACAAUCGGAGACGGUCCCGUUCCAAAUCUAAACCACCCAAGAGAGAUGAAAAAGAACGGAAGAGGAGGAGUCCCUCACCCAAGCCCACAAAAGUUCACGUGGGGAGGCUUACCAGAAAUGUCACGAAGGAUCACAUCAUGGAAAUAUUUUCUACCUACGGAAAGAUCAAGAUGAUUGAUAUGCCAGCAGAUAGGCUCAACCCGCAUCUUUCCAGGGGCUACGCCUACGUAGAGUUUGAAAAUCCAGAUGAUGCUGAAAAGGCCCUGAAACACAUGGAUGGAGGUCAAAUCGAUGGGCAGGAGAUUACCGCCACAGCUGUCUUAACUCCUCGACCAAGACCUCUCCCCAGGCGUUUUACCCCUCCCAGAAGGAUGUUGCUACCGCCCCCUAUGUGGCGCCGCUCGCCACCACGCAUGAGGAGAAGAUCCAGGUCUCCCAGGCGCAGAUCCCCAGUUCGCAGGCGAUCCAGAUCCAGAUCUCCAGGCCGGAGGCGUCACCGCAGCCGAUCCAGUUCCAAUUCUUCUCGAUAAAAGCACAGGACUAGGCAGCUGUGGGGUUGUUUUUUUUAAAGUUCAAAGUGCACCCAUUUAAAAUGGUAUCUUUUUUUAAGACAAAAAAUUUGGAAAGAAUAAAGCAAAGGGACCGUUGAGAAAUGAUUAAAAACUAGCUAAGACUCUUGCAUCUGGUAGGGUGGAGUUGUUCCUUGGGUUCUGACAUUCUCAAAAAGAAUUUGGUUAUUUUAGACACAAAUCUUUACAACUCCCGAGAAAAUUGGUUGCUUCUCAGACACGCCCAAAUGGCUUGGACACGUAUCUCAGUGUCAAAAUGUCUUUGUCCCCUUUCACUAAAUCAGUAAAUUUUUAUACCCCCACUUUGUUUCUAAUUCUCCUGCCAGCCCAAAGUUACAUUUUGGCUGUUGGCAGUAUUGGUUGCUGAAUCUGUGACAAACUGAAAACACCCCUUAAAUUAAAUCUUGUUAGAAAAAAAAAAAACCCAGUUCCUGCCAACGACGCUGUAAAUCUUUUGCUUUUUAGAAGAUGUGCAAAACACACAAGCUGAAAAAUCGUAUUUUCCUGAUCUCUGUUUGGGAGGUGGGUGGGAGCAAGGAUUUUGUGAUUUGGAAUAACCGAGGUUCAGUUUCUAAUAGGCCAGACAGCCUUCGGCCUGUUGUACAGUCAUUACUAUAAAGUUUGAUUUUUGUAUAACUUGGUGGCAUCUUGUAGUCAUGUUGUGUUUGUACUUGUGUAGAAUGACAAAUAAACCAGUAAGGUUUAGGGUGUGAA